AAAUGUUCUAGAAAGGCUCAAAAACCUUUGAGGCCCCUGCCUGUGUCCUUCAGAUAAUCAUUUAAGGUCAAAUAAAUGAAAAGAUGGUUCUGAGCUAUUCUUUUGUCAAAUUCAGAUAUCACAGACCCACUGCUGUCUGUAUCUUUUUGCUCAGGUGAAGUAGUUUAUUCACACUCAACUAGACAGACGUCUUUGAAAUAGUACAGCAGGACACUGAAAACAUUAUAACCUCCCUAAAAAAAGUGUAUUUGCUGAUGUUUAAACCGAUGCUUUCACACAAGGAACAUAAUAUGACGCAUACCAGUUACUGUAACUUCAGGAAGACAGUAAAAUAUUAUCCGGCUUGCUGUCUUAACAUGCCUCGGUCACAUGUGACGGGAUGAAUCACUGUCUACAUAAGUGAGAACAAAAGUUGCCUCUCUCUCCUUCCUUACAACCACCUACCCACACACAAACACACACACACACACACACACACACACACACACCUUAAUUAUCAAUCCACUUCUCCUACAUAAACCUAUUUAAUAAUAGCAGAAACACUAUUGAUUUUAUUUAAGAUCAUAGUUAUUUUACAACCUUUGCUGGAAAAGGGAAACUGGUUGGCUUUUGUCAGUUUUGAUGAAAAAAUCUAUUUACACUUUGUGCAAGGUAUCAGCACCAGCUGUGCUCAAAUGAUUACAUUUCCUAACAAAUUAACUUUGACCAGAUUACAGUAAACCAGGCUGACUUAAAGAGAAUCUGCAGGGAUAAAUAUGCAGUGACAGCCUAUGAGGGGACGUUGGGCCCAUGCAGGCCUGUUUGCUGCAUUUCUAUUUCAAAACAAAGCUGCCACGAAACGCAUUUCCCCUUUUCUGUCCUAUUUUUUUUUUUUUUUUUAGGAUCGUUUGAAAUCUUGCAACAGGUUUAGAAACAAGUCAUAAUUUUAGGCAACAUUUACUGUUUGCUUGGGCCUAUAGUGGCGACAGGACCAUCCAGCCCUGCUUCUGCUUCUCUCUUCUGAUCGACAUGUUUUCAAAUUUAUGGUGUGAACACAGAGAAGAGAAGGAAAAGAGGACAACGAAACGAAGUUAGGAAGACAGAGAGAGGGAGGCCGAGGCCAGGCCCGAGGGCAAGGCGCGGGUGAGAAGGUUUAGUUUCACGAGUCACGGAAGUUCAGUGAUCAGUCAGACAGACUGACAGCACGCUCAUUUCAUCCCGGGUUCAAAUGUGUGUUGGCACGGUUUGAUUCAACCCCACGUGGGGUUUUUUGGUUAUUCCCAAAUGUUAUUAUGUUUAUUUUAGAUCCUCUAAAUUAUGACCCACACGUGCAAUUGUCAGUAACACAUUUUAAUUGUCACGUUGAUUUCUCGUCGAGGCUUCUUGAUUGAAUCGUGAUGGGUUAAUUGGUGAUUCUGUUUUACAACACACGUCUCACGCACAGUUUACGCAUCCGAAUGUUUCGCUGCUGUAUCCAGUCACAACGCGGUGCACUACUUUCUGUGAGUAGCCAGUCCUCAGCUCCUGUGAUCAUGCGCACUUGCUCUCGCGCUGUGUGGCCGGUGCGUCUUUGGCUCCUCUCCACUUUGAAAUCAGCGCAUCUUUGCUCUGCGGGUUCAGUGGCGCGCUCCGCUCCGAUCACCGGGCAUCUUUGCGGAUUUUAGCUGCGACUUUUACCUUUAAGAUGGAGGAUUUGAAAACUUCGGACCGACUUUUCCACAAGUCCUCAUUCAGCAUCAGCAGCCUGUUGUGGAGACGAGAGGGGGUGAUGGGUGGCCAGGACCAGGAGCCUCCCUCUCCGUCCCAGAAGCUGCGCCCUGCGCAUCCAGAGAAGUCCGGGGAAGGGGAAAACUUUGACAAUGAAAAGAAGAAGUGCGAAAACCCAAAGCAGUGCGCUAAAGUAGACACCAAAUCUGCGACUGCAAAUGGUAAACGAGGGGGGAAUAAGGGAGAACCGAAGAAGAGCAGGGGAGCAGAAGAAAGCGUUCAACCCGAGAAACCUCCUUUCAGUUAUAACGCGCUCAUCAUGAUGGCCAUCCGCCAGAGCCCGGAGCGCCGGCUCACGCUCAACGGCAUCUAUGAGUUUAUCAUGGAAAACUUCCCAUACUACCGACAGAACAGACAAGGGUGGCAAAAUUCCAUCAGGCACAACUUGAGUCUGAAUAAGUGUUUCGUUAAAGUGCCGCGCCACUAUGACGACCCGGGGAAAGGAAACUACUGGAUGCUGGACCCCUGCAGCGAGGACGUCUUCAUAGGUGGCACAUCAGGGAAGCUCCGGCGCAGGGCCGCAGCUGGCUCCAGGGCCAAGCUGGCACUGAAGAGAGGAGGAGGAGGUCGUCUGAUGUCCUCCAGCACCGCAGCCAGCGUGACCUUGGCCGCAACGGGUCCAUUUUACUGGCCGGUGCCGCCGUUCCUGCCUCUCCAAGCACCGGUGCGCACCCACCUCGGCGCAGGGACUUACCUGAGUGCCAACCCUCGGUUCCCCAACAACGCCGCAUCGCUUGUUUCCCAGCGGUCCCGGCUGAGUGCAACAAGUGCAGGCGACGCCGACCGCUUCGUGCAGACGCACCAGGAGAUGUCUUACAUCGGACUCAGUUGCGCGCAAUCCCGUCGCCACCAGAUCGGCGCCGCCUGCACCGCCUUCUCCACAUCCAUCCCUGCGUGCACCCUGCCGCUGUCGGAUCCGUGCUCUUUUAACAUGAUCUCCGGACAAACCAGCUACUUUUACUCUCACCAAAUACCAUGCGGCGCAACGUUUGGUCCGUGCCAAGAGGAGUGCGCCACGGCCAAGGCGUCCCCGGGACAAUUCUUAUCCAAGAGCGGUCACUCAGACCUCGGGGGUUGCUGUAGCGACUUUACAAAUUACUGUUCAAGCCCUCCUUCGUCUUGGAAUAUAGAAAAAUAAAGUCAUAGUCAUGAAGGUAUAAAAGCUGUAGAAUUUAGAUGAACAGAGCUGGCAAGUAAAAGGCCAGAGCAUAAAAAAGUACCUGCACACUGGAAUUUGUUGAGUUCGUGACACAGUUAAUGAAGUCCCCGCAAAGUUUUCCUAACUUCUUAUUGUUACAGUGAAUGACGUCGAAAUUGAAAUAUUAAUUAUUUUGCGCUUGAUUUUUCAUUUUUCAUUUCAUCAGUGCGAAUGUUGUGCAUUUAGUGUCAAAUUAACAAAAACCGGCUGGUGCUUAUACAACCAAUUUAAUUGGCGCAAUUUCCAAAAAAAAUGGGCAAAAAUUCGUUUUAUGUUAUUUUUAAAACAUCAGCGUAAUCAGGGACAUGCUCAAAUAAUCACUUUUAAAAAAAACAUCACAAAAGGCCUCUUGGGCUGCAUCUGUCAACUGAAACUAUCUUCCUGUCGUAGAAACAAUUUUCCUCCACUUUAUUAAUUAUUUUCCACGUGUGUGUGUGUGUGUGUGUGCAGUUAAAGAUACUGGAGGGAUGUUUGCGCGCAUGUCACUGUUUUAGGCCCUGGUGCCAUCAUCUGAAAUGAAUCUGCAAAAUACCGGAAAAUACCAUUUUAGAAAUGAAAUAAAAUUUUAAAAAAGGAAAUUAAGCUUUCACUCUGUCUGAAGUUAUUCGUUGGGCAGCAUGUUGACCUGAGCCAGUCUGUUGGGAAGCUGUGGAUUCGCUCUGAUGUGAGCGAGAACAUGAUGUGAUGUAGCCUACUUAUUUUGAAAUCGUUUUUAAAAAUGUACAAUAACAAUAAACAAUGUAUGCAAUUAUUCGAUUUCUUUAUAGAUGCAGCUGAAAAAAAAAUAUCACUUUACCGUUUUAAUGAGCCCAUAUGUAAUUAAAGGGUAAUAACACAUUUUCUUGCAUUUCUAAUUGUGUUUUCUCUUCACCUCAUUAAAACCUGCUGUUGUUCAUUGUUCUCAUUCAGCUGUGUUAUUAAAUGUUUCAGUCUAUUUCAGUCCCAUUACAAGGACCAGAGACUGAUUUUGAUUAUCAACUAAACUAAAGCAUUAAAGUAAAAUGUGGAAAAGCACAGUGGAGUUUGAUAAACAUCCUGGGAUCCUUUACUUUUCCUUUCCCGUAAAGAUCAACAGUUCAAAUCUUAACCUGGAGCUGUCUUGAGGAGCCAUCGUGUUGUAACAGUGUGCUGCAGACUGUGAUGUAACUUCAACAGGUAGACAUGACAUUUCCAGCCUGAUCUUAUUGAUCUGUCUCGUGUUUCACCCCGUGCUGACAUCACUGCCUGUUAAACUUUCCCUCACCUCUCCCUGAGAUAUAAAUUCAU